CACCGAUGCGCUGCCCCGCCGCUGCGCCAUGACCCUGAGCUCGGAGAUGUCCGAGGCGACGGCGCUGGCUGAGGAGACCGACAUCGAUGUCGUGGGCGAGGAGGACGACGAGGAGGACGACGAGGAGCCGCAGCCCCGCCGCCGCCGCCGCUCCUACGCCGAGGACGAGGAGGAGGAGGAGGAGGAGGAAGAAGAGGAUGUGGGCGACCUCCACGACGACGCCCUGCUGCCGCGGUCGCCCGUGAGCGGUGGAGGCUGCGGCGGUGGCGUUGGGGCGGGCGGCGGGGACGGUGCCGGCGGCUCUCGGCCCCCCUCGCGGGGCGGCCCACAGAAAGCAGUCGCGGGUGGCGGCGGGCCGGGCGGCGGCGGCAGCGGCGGCGGCGGCGGGGCAGGCGGCGGCAGCGGCAAGAACAGCCUGGUGAAGCCGCCUUACUCUUACAUCGCCCUCAUCACCAUGGCCAUCCUGCAGAGCCCCAAGAAGCGGCUGACGCUGAGCGAGAUCUGCGAGUUUAUCAGCGGGCGCUUCCCCUACUACCGGGAGAAGUUCCCCGCCUGGCAGAACAGCAUCCGCCACAACCUCUCCCUCAACGACUGCUUCGUCAAGAUCCCCCGGGAGCCCGGCAACCCGGGCAAGGGCAACUACUGGACGCUGGACCCGGAGUCCGCCGACAUGUUCGACAACGGGAGCUUCCUGCGCCGCCGAAAGCGCUUCAAGCGGCAGCAGCUCCCGGCGCCCGAGCUGCUCCUGCGCGCCGUAGACCCCGCCGCCUUCCUCCCGCAGCCCCCUCCCCAGGCCCCGCAGCAGCCGCCUUGCGCCUAUGGACCCUACGGCUGCGGCUACGGCCUCCAGCUCCAACCCUACCACCCCCACUCCGCCCUCUUCACCUUCCACCACCCCUCCCCGCCGCCCCACCAGCCCCCCGCCGCACCCGGCAGCGCUCCCGGCGCGGCGCUGCCCCCCGCCGCCGCGGCCGCGCCGCCGGGCCCCUUGCUGCCGGCGGCGGAGCUGGCACGGACGCCCUUCGGCUACGCGCACCCGCUGGGCCCGGCGCUGGCGGCCUCGCUGCACGCCGCCAAGCCUGGCAGUGGCGCGGCGCUGGCCCGCUCGCCCUUCUCCAUCGAGAGCAUCAUCGGGGGGGGGCCCGCCCCGGGCCCCGGCCCCGGCGCGGGCAGCAGCUGCGCCUCGCAGUCGGCCGCGGCGCCGGGGCUGUCCCGCUCGGUGGGGAGCGCUGGGGGCGGCCUGCCCCCCGCCGCCGCCCUGCCCGCCGCGCCCGGCUUCGCGGCACGAAUCUCUAACUGUUAAGGGUGUGGGAGUCUUUUCGAAGGUAGGAUCUGGGGUAUCUAUGUCCUUUCUCCGCCGCUCGGAUGGAUGCCCGGCGGACGCCGCCCGGAGGGAAUGCGGGCUUUGCAUGGGGAUUUCGCGGUGGGGCUCGGGAGGGAGCCGCCGCGGUGGCGGGCCGCACGGGCAGGCGGUCACGCUAUAGCAAAGUUACUCGUUAUUCCUUAAAAAUCAAAAAUAAUGGUGAUAAAUAACGUCUCUAAACCGUUAAAAGUUCAGAGAUUCUCAGGUCUAGGAACUUGAAAACAGUGAUGUACAGGAAAAAAAAAAAAAAGGCUUGAGGGAGGACGGCAAAGCAAUACUUUUUCAUUUUAGUACACUUGUCUCAUAUACUUUUAUAAAAGAAAAGAUUAACAUGUUUACACAGAAGAAAGCCAAGAUUAUCAUUUCUUAUUUUAACCUGUGUUUUGUAUUAUAAUAGACUUAUGGAGUUUUUUAUUUUGUACUUUAUGCAUAUUCUUUACAAGGAAUAUUGUUAAAAAUUACUGGCAAGUAUUAUUGUACCAUUUUAAUGUAAAAUUUUUACACAAUUUCAAAAAUAAAAUUUUUAAUUUUCAGAAAAAAAAAAAAGAAAAGAAAAAAAAAGUGCAAAACAAAACCCAAAAGCCAGAAGAGCCCAGCCAAAUAGUUGGCUUCGGACCCUUCCCUUCUUAAUACUUCUCCCUUCUUUGGGACAUUGGUAUUUUUGUCUUGGGGAUUAAUAGCACAAUAGCUAAGGAAUUGUAAAGCUUGCAAUUUAUUAUGGCUGGAUUUGACCUCAAAGAAGAAGAUCAGACUAUGAUCUUUGCAGUCAAACCAUUGUUAACUGUAGUGGAGAAUGAAAGACAAACAAACAAACAAACAAACAAAUAAUGGACAGCAGAGGGAAUAAAUAGAAAUAAAUCUUUCUCGAGGGAGUAAAGCCCGGUUCUGCAGGGCACCAAUCAGAGGAUUGAUUAAAAAGACUGUUUGAAACUGUU